CAGCCGGCUGUCAAACGGCACGACUCGACGCAAAUCAACUGUGGCAAUCAAAUCCGCAAUUCAUCGUACAAUUUGUGGUGCGGAGCAAAAGCAAAAGGUGUUAUUUUACCGUGUUUUGAUUCACAGUUCGCUCCAUUUGUGUGCGCAGCCUAGUACCAAUUACCGCCAGUAGAAACAAUGUCGUCCCGUUACGAUCGCGCCAUCACCGUCUUCUCCCCGGACGGCCAUCUGCUCCAGGUGGAGUAUGCCCAGGAAGCGGUCCGCAAGGGCUCGACCGCAAUCGGUGUGCGCGGUAAGGAUGUUGUGGUGCUCGGCGUGGAGAAGAAAUCGGUCGCCAAACUGCAGGAGGAGCGCACCGUGCGAAAGAUCUGCCUGCUGGACCAUCACGUCGUGAUGGCGUUCGCGGGCCUGACGGCCGACGCGCGCGUCCUGAUCAACCGGGCCCAGGUACAGUGCCAGUCCCACAAACUGUCGGAGGAGGAUCCGGUCACGCUGGAGUACAUUACCCGCUACAUCGCCGAGCUGAAGCAGAAGCACACGCAAAGCAACGGCCGCCGCCCGUUCGGCAUCUCCUGCCUGAUCGGUGGCUUCGACUACGACGGCGUCCCGCAUCUGUACAAAACCGAACCGUCCGGCGUGUACUGCGAGUGGAAGGCGAACGCUACCGGCCGGUCGGCCAAGACGGUGCGCGAGUUCCUGGAGGAGCACUACUCGCCGGCCGCCGUCAGCACGGAGGAGGGCACGAUCACGCUGGCGAUCCGGGCACUGCUCGAGGUGGUACAGUCCGGCCAGAAGAGCCUCGAGGUGGCGGUGAUGAGACGCGACGAGCCGAUGAAGAUGCUGGACGCACAAACGAUCGAGGAGUACGUGAAAAAGAUCGAGCUGGCGAAGGAGGAAGAGGCGGAGAAGAAGAAGGCAAAGAAGUGAUCGGGCCGCGGCGGGCGUGUGGCGUCGUGUUUUUCUUGCAACACUCUGCACUGUCAUGUUUUCUUACGUCUAAUUUCAAGCGAGGACUGCUGGAUGGAGAAGGGAUAUCAAGUCGGACGGCGGUGGUUGAUAUAAAAUAUUGCAUUAUAAUCACUGAAUACACUUGAUGAAAAUGGAUGCGA